GUACACCUUUAUUAUAAAUUUACACAUAUUUAUAUGUAGUCUCACUCACAGUUGUGUUACCUAUUUAAUCGUGGGAUUUAAUUUAAUUGGUGCAAAAUUACGAAAUAUUUACAUACUUCGCCUCCCAGGGUAUUGCCAAUUCUGUCAAGAUUUUACGCAUAGCGAUAAAUGCAACGAAACCUUAUUAACAUUCACCUUCAUUCCUAUUUACUCAUUAAUUUAGUUUUGGAUCACAAUGCAAACUAAUUAACCCGUUUAUUUAUUUAGUCGUGUUUUAAUACUGCAAAAUUAAGCGUGCCAUGGCGUCGCGUGGUUGUGGUUGUGAAUUGACGUGAUAAUAGGUCCCUGGCGUGGCAUGAAAUUCGAAUUUUAUUUUGACAACAUGCGAGCCAUUAACUCGUUAAAAUUAGUUAAUCAACUCUUCAACCAGUUCAGUUUAGUGGAAGGAUUCGGAAGGAAAUGUUGUUUUUAUUUGAAAUUGAAAGUUGUGCAAAAAAAAUUGUGCAAAUAAAAUUACUUAUUUGAAAGAUCAUUGAAUGUGUGAUCAUUUAAGUGAGUAGUUAAUGAUUUAAUUAAGUUUUAACGACAGAAUUUUGGGGAAAGUGACGAAGACGAAGAGAUCAUUUCGUGAUGAGAUUUGAACUCAUUUCCGGUUUGGUUGGACGAAAUAUGUAAAAGAUUUGGGUCUCAGUUUGUGAAAUGUUGGGUUAAAGGAAGCCAAGAAUUUGACGUCAAAAUGGCCAUCGUGGCCACAUUUCUUGUCAAUUUGUUGUGUUCCCUGGUUUCCUGUGAUCCGAAACUGCCUCCCCCGGAGAUUGGUAGUGGGGGGCAUGCGUACAGUCACCUUGGUCAUGAUUCCUUGGACGGGUUGAGUUCGGCGUCGUCGUCGUCGUCGUCGUCGUCGUCCUUUUCGACGAAAAUAGUAAAAUUUGACCCCGUGGUGACCACGAGGUAUGGAAAAUUGCGUGGUUAUGUGAUGCGAAGUGUGGGGAAUGGGGCGAUUUAUGCGUUUGAAGGGAUUCCAUACGCGACAGCGAGACGAUUUAGGAGUCCAAGCCCACCUGCGGGAUGGGAUGGGAUUCGUGACGCGAAAAAGCCAGGGUCGGCCUGUCUACAGUUAUCUUUGCCGAGACAAUUGAGAGUUGUGGGGUCGGAGGAUUGUUUAUAUGUGAAUGUUUACUCACCGAAUGUGGGAUAUCUCGAAAAUAAUGGGGUUGUGGGGAGGAGGAAAGACUUGUACCCGGUCGUGAUGGUUAUCCACGGGGGGAGCUUCUACUGGGGGGCGGGGGACGAACUAGGUCCGGCAUACUUGUUGGAUAAGAACGUUAUCUUGGUCACGUUUAAUUACAGAUUGGGCGUUUUGGGAUUUCUGAGUACGGGUGACUCCCAUUCGCCAGGAAACUACGGGCUGAAAGAUCAAUCUCUCGCCAUUCGCUGGGUGUAUGAAAACAUUGCUGAAUUUGGGGGUGACCCUAAUCGAAUUACCUUAUUGGGGCAAAAUUCUGGCGCUGCAAGCACCCACAUGCACCUCUUGUCGAACAUGUCGUCACCCUACACUUCUAGCGGCGUGUCGCUGAGUGGGUCAGCGUUUACUCAUUGGGCAUUUAAAUCGCGGAAGGAAUCGGUCCGGUUGACGAAUUUGUUGGCGAAAGCGGUCCACUGUCCGAUCGGAGGGGAAAUCGGGAUGAAUUGUUUACGGCAAAGGAAUCCAGUGGAUUUAGUAGCAGCACAGUAUUCUCUCCUGGAAUUUUCACCGUUUCCGAGCACCCUAUUUUCGCCGGUGAUUGAGACCGAGGGCGGCGUUGAGGAACCGUUUUUGACCCAGAAACCUAAAACAAUUUAUCGGAAACGAGCCGCUAUUUUGGAUAAGCCAUGGAUUUUUAGUCACGUCGUGCAAGAGGGUUAUCUCGGCUUAUCGAUGUUACAAAGUUUUGUGACGGAAGGAAGCCUACGAACGAAAUGGAAAGAAGUUGCCCCGAUAUAUUUGGAUUACAAGUACACGUCAAAAAAUGUGACGGAAAUGACGGAAAGUUUGACCAAGUUUUACUUUGGGAGGAGUGAUCCUAAAGUUGUGGCCGAGAGUAAGAUUGCUGCGAUUUACGGUGAUAGACUGACCCUGUCCGGUGUGCAUAAAGCGAUCCACGCCCACUCCAGGGUGGCACCAACGUACGGAUAUAUUUUUGGCUAUAAAGGGAAAUACAGUCUUGGUCGUGUGGUUGGACGGGAUGCAAAAAAUUGGGGCGUCGGCUGUGGAGAAGACCUUUUCUACUACUUCAAUAGUUCCACGUACCAACCCGGAUUUAAAAAAGCAGACCUCGAAGAGUUAUCAAUGUCAAAUGUGAUGACCACUUUUUUAGCGAAUUUUGCAGCGACGGGCGAACCCCUCCUCCCCCAAGAAGAAACGCACGUGUACACUCGCCUCUGGGAACCGGUGGGAUCCCCCUCGUAUAAAUUUUUACAGCUGAAUCGUGACAUCAAAAUGAUUCCGGAACCGUUCAAAAAGCGGACAAAAUUUUGGAGGGGGUUGGGCAAAGGGGACCCGCUCUUGUUAGACCCAUUGUUCGAUGUCCAUUAAAAAAUGGCCAAAAAUUUAACAAAUUAGUGUAAAAAAACUAGAUUUCCUUAUGUGGCUCCUACUACUAUGUAAAUAACUUUUGUAUUGUUUUUUUACCACUAUUUACGAUUAGUUAAAUGAGAAAUGUGCUUGAUUUUGUGGAUUGCAUGCCCCGUGGGAAUUGAGUGAUUUUGCGAUACAUUUGCCUUUUUUGCGUAGCUUUUGCCCAUGCUUUGUUACUUUGUUGUAUGUAGGUACAUUUAUCUAUCUGUGUUUUGUGUGCACUUUAAAUUAAUGGGAUGAUGCCGUGACUAAUGAAUUGUGGUGCGUUUAGUUAAUAAACUAGGUAUUUAACAACAUAUGUAUGUACUUACUUAGAUAAUUGAUCAUCAAGGUGGUGGUGGCAUGUGCGUUGAUAAUGAAAAAAAAUUAAUGGAAAUUUUAGUAGCAUUUAAAGCCUGUAAUAAAAUUUUAAUAAAAUUAUAACAACAUAAGAAGUAAAAUUCAUAUUCAGAAAAUAUUUCAGCUUUUGUAAUCAAUCUUCGCUUAAAAAAUAUGGGUUUUUCAAUCCUUCUGCAGAAUAAAAUUUUGAUCAAAUUUAUAA